AGUAGACCCGCGGCGUUCUCUCUAAAGCCAGAAUCAAAAAAAACCACAGGAUGGCUUUCCGUAGCCAUUUUGGCUCAAGUUUUGGUUGCUCAAUCUCCGUGUCCGUGAGUCGAACGCCUCAGGAGCUAUGGUGAUGUACCCGAUGAGCGAUAUGCAGUACCAGGCGGUGUACAACACGCUGUCGUUCGCCCUCGCGAGCAUGAUGGCGACCACAAUGUACUUGUGGUUCCGCUCCACCGCGGUACGCGACCAAUUCAAGAGCGCCGUCAUCAUCUCUGGCCUGGUAACCUUCAUAGCAGCCUACCAUUACAUCCGCAUCUUCAACUCGUGGGUGGAGGCCUACACGUACCAGGUGGGCAAGGCCGACCCCGAGCUGACGGGCACGCCCUUCAAUGAUGCCUACCGGUACAUGGACUGGCUGCUGACGGUGCCGCUGCUGCUGAUCGAAAUCCUGUUGGUCAUGAACCUGGACGAGAAGACCUACAGCGUCAAGUCCAAGACGUUGGGCGUCGGCGCCGCCCUGAUGAUCGUCACUGGGUACUAUGGCGAGCUGACGGUGAGCGGCGACCUGACCUCGCGCUGGGAAUGCUGGGGCUUGUCCAUGUGCUUCUUCCUGUACAUCGUAUACGAGUUGCUGGUUGGGUUGAAGGCGGCAACUGACAGCGAAAUCGACCCUACGAUCAAAGGUAAGAUCCAGCUUGCGCAGGUGAUGACAGUGAUCAGUUGGUGCACCUACCCGGUCGUGUACCUCUUCCCGAUGCUUGGAAUCACGGCGUCCAAUGCUGUGGUGGCCAUCCAGAUUGGUUACUGCGUCUCGGACAUCAUAUCCAAGUGUGGUGUUGGCCUCGUAAUCUACCAGGUCACAUAUGCCAAGUCGACUAAGGGUGGUGCCCUGCUGGGUUGAGCCGCCCAGGGGUGGCGCGGGCGGGCGUGGUGGACGGCUAACCAGGGCUACGACUGCGAUUUUGUCCCCGCGAGGUGGGGGUUUGCAACGUGUUGGCCCACGUGCAAGUUACAAAGUUUCAGCCGUCCGCCCGGCUUUCCGGUCAGGUUUUCGGACCAUGCCUCGUGGCAGGUUUCUUGCUGGUUUCGACGGUUUCCGUAAGGCCACCACGCACCGUGUAAUUUUCAUCAGCGAGGCCCAGUGGCAUCCAAUUUUCGUUGAGGGCGGAUGUGUAAAGUUGUGCAUGGCGUUGCCCAAUCGCACGCGAUGACAGCUCGCGCAGAGGCAACCAGGUCCGGAAAAUAGUAUCCCACUUACAAGCUGUUCCGACGUCAGGACCCGGCAUGAUCAUUUCCCGAAUGUGAAUUACACUCACCCUCACGGACUACUACCGAUGUUGAUGU